AUAGAUAGAAAAAACGGCCGUGCGCUGCAGAAUGCAGAAACGGGUGUUCUGCAGAAGCCUGAACUUAGAAGGGGGAGGGGAGAACUAUCUGCCUAUAGAAAAGCACUUAGUACGGAGUUAAUAAUCCAGCAAGUAUCCAUUGUCCCGUGUGUCUACUGUCCACUGGACGCUGGACACUGCCCACUUGGAGCGAUUCGAGCGAACCGCAUGGUCCAUACGGAGCGAGUGCCGGAUCUGCAACUGCAAGGAUGCAGAAAGAGUUCGCCCCGCAGGGGGAUAUAG